AUGAGUGAUAGAGAGGAUAACUCUGACGCCCAUUUGGAGAUCACAUGUGAUACUUUGGAUGACGACGACUUUAUAGAUGAAUAUAUUGCGGCGGAUGAGGACCUUGGUGAAGAGAUCCACGUAACAGAUGAUGAUGCCAAGCCAGAGAAAGGAAAUGAGGAAAAGGGAUUAGAAGAGUAUCCAUGUGCUCCUGCUCCUCCAGUGGAGAUAAAACUAUUUUUGGCCCGUAUACCAAAGAGUUAUGAGGAGUCUGAGAUUAAGAAAAUGUUUGAAGAGUUUGGCAAGGUGAAGGAAGUUGCAGUUAUCAGAGAUAAAAACACAAACGCGCACAAGUGCUGUGCAUUUGUAAGGAUGUGCUCCAUUUCUCAGGCCGAUGCCGCCAUAAGAAGUUUAAAUAACCAGUGUGUAGUAGACACUGCUCUAGGUUCAGUUCAGAUAAAGUAUGCAGUUGGUGAGACUGACAGGCUUGGUUUUACCUCCCUCGUUGGAGAAGCAGGUUGUAAUGACGCCAAGCUUUUUGUAGGUUCACUACCAAAAACCGUUGAUGAAGCCGCCAUACGUGAACUUUUUAAAGAUUAUGGCACACUUGACGAUGUAUACAUAAUGAAGGAUCAGGCUGGUAAUGGCAAGGGUUGCGCCUUUGUGAAAAUGGCCUAUAAGGAGCAAGGGCUCUUUGCAAUUCGCAGUUUAAAUGGUAAGCGUACAUUGGAAGGGUGCACCCGUCCUUUGGAGGUACGCUUUGCCGAAUCUAAAGCACAGGCUCAAAAGGCACAAGCAAAACAGCAACCGCCAAUGGCACCAGCAAACACAAAUUAUGGUCCAGGUUAUGGCCCGGGAUACGGUCCAGUUGGUGGUUAUGGUGGACCUGGAUAUGGUCACGGUCCUGGAGGACAAUACGGAGGCUAUGGUCCAGGUUACGGACAUGGUGGUCCUGGGCAAUAUGGUGGUUAUGGUGGACCUGGAUAUGGUCAUGGAGGAGGAUAUGGACAAUAUGGACCUGCUCCAGGUGCUCCAGUUGGUGGGUAUGGACCAGGAAAUUAUGGUGGACCAAACUAUGUUCCAAACAAUAAUAAUCCUAGAAAAAUUGGCCCAUGGAAAGAAUAUGUUAGCCCAGAGGGUAGACCGUAUUUCUAUAAUGAGCAUACUGGUCAUACACAAUGGGAAAGGCCUCCAGAAUUCCAGAAUGCACCGGUUCCCGGCGCUUCAGGUCCUAACAAUGGUAAUACAAAUAAUACCAACCGGGGUGGAACUAGCAUGACAUCAGGUCCUCCAGGUUCAAAUCUCUUCAUCUUCCACAUUCCCAAUGAAUGGACAUAUAAUGAUCUUGUGCGUUCAUUCUCUCAGUUUGGAAGGGUUAUAAGUGCUAGAAUCGCAACAGAUAAAUCUACAGGAAGGCACAAGGGAUAUGCCUUUGUUUCUUAUGAUAACCCAGAUUCUGCUUCUCAGGCAGUUGCAAAUAUGAAUGGUUUUACAGUCCUGGGAAAGCGUCUAAAGGUUACAGUAAAGAAAGGAGAUGAAGGGGGGCAGACAAAAUUCCCACUUCCUCCGUCUCAACACGGCAGAAGCGCUCCAUAUUAG